CGUCUCCGAAGAUUCGUCGUCCAGCGCACACCCAAGCGCAGCUCCCUCCGUUUCACAGCAUCACCGACUCUCUUUUGACCUACCUUCCCUCCCUCCAGUCUAGGGUUUCCCUCCCUCCCUCCUUUUUCUUUUCCUUUUUCUCUAAGCUACUUACUUGUUUUUGUAUGUUUGAUUGAUUCAUAGACUCCUUCUGUUUGAUCACUGUUCUUCCUCCUCCCGAUCUCACCCACCCUACCCUCCUCUUCACUCCGCUCCUCUGCUCUGUUCUGUUCUGUUCUGUUCUUUUCACUUGAUUCAAAUUUCGCCGCCUCUAAUGAUCCAGUCUUCAAGGGUUUUCUAGGGUUUUUCCCGCAAGAUGAGGCCGGGUGCUUAUUCCUCUGCCGGCUGUCGUAUCACCUGAACCCCGAGCUCGAUCGACCUUUUCUUUUUUAGCAGAAUCUUCACCUUUCUUUUGUUUCCUUGAUUCUCGCUCUUUUUAUCUUUUUAAACUUCGGUUAUGGCGUAUCAGGCGAUCCCGGGUCCUGGGUCGGGAUCGAGUUCUAGUUCCGGGUUCCAGUUCCUGAAUUCCCCUUUUGGCGACACCACGUACACGAAGGUCUUCGUAGGGGGGCUGGCGUGGGAGACGCAGAGUGAUACUAUGCGCCGGUACUUCGAGCAGUUCGGGGAGAUCCUCGAGGCCGUCGUGAUCACCGAUAAGAACACCGGCCGAUCUAAGGGUUACGGUUUUGUGACUUUCCGGGAACCUGAGGCUGCAAGGAGAGCCUGCGCUGAUCCAACUCCAAUUAUUGAUGGUCGACGGGCAAAUUGUAAUCUGGCUUCAUUGGGACGACCUCGGCCUUCUCCGCCUUAUGGACGUGUAAGAUCAGUUUCCCCCUAUGUUGGUGGUGUGCAAACCACCCGUGGGGCUUAUGUUGGCAGUUUUGGCUACCAGCAACCAGUUCCUUACAACUAUCAACAAGGUUUUAUGUAUCCUCCGUAUGGGAAUUCAAAAAAGCAAAGUGGUAGUGGCAGAAGAUAUGCCCCCCAGCUUGAUGUUUACCCUUUGAACAGUAUGAUGUGUUCCAAACUACAUGUUGAAUCUACAUGCGGAUAUUUUCAUCAAAAAUUUUGUUCUAAAGCUAAUUUCCUCAAAAGAUGCAAUGGUUUUUCUUCAUGCAGGUAUGCAACAUAUGGACCUGAAUACGUCUAUCCACAGGGUGUUUACAAUCCCUAUUUGAGUCAGCAGUACCUUCAGAUAUAUGGAGUACCUGGAACAGUUAACCCAGCAGUCUAUCCUUAUGGGCAAUUGGGACAGACAAUGCCUGGCACGCAUGGGUAUACAACCGUCCAGGGCUAUGCAAUGCCAGGUCAUCAGAUUGUGCAGUUUGGUGGGCCCAGUGUUAAUGCAAUAACAACUUCACCAGUUCCCACAAUCCAAGCACCAUACCCUACAGGUAUGGCAUCACCUGUUCCAGCACAACCACAGUUCAUAGUUCCUGCUCAUUCUCCUCAGUUCAUUCCAGGCAGCGGUUCUGACCAAGCAGCUGGGUGAGGGGUUGAUCAAGGUAUCCUUAGAUUGCAGCAGGACUAAGAGCAGCAGUACUGCUACUUGAGUGGCGGGCUUCAGAUCUAGCCUUGCAAAUUAUCCAUUUUGCAUUCUAGAGGUACAAUUCUUCUCCUCUCAAGGCCUUUUAUCUUUUCCAGCUGAGGGCAUGUUCUAACAUUUUAUAGACAAAUUCUGUGGUUUGACACAGAAGUCCUAAUGAUGCAAACAGCAUGACAAAAUAGCCAUAUCAAGGUAGAUAGUUGGGUUUGGGUUAGAGCCGAUAGAACUUGACCUUUCCAGUUAAUCUUGCCCCUUUCCGGUGGGUGCGAGUUUGUUUUGUGACUGGCUCCCUUAGCAAUCAUGGGAUUGUUAGCAUUAUUAUAUGAGACUAAAUAUGAUACGAGACAGAGAUCAUAAAUCCAUGGACAAGAAUAUAAAAAACAAAGAGACAUUCACUGACGACUCAAGAGGAUAGUGAUUUCAGUUUAUAAGCUUGCCAGGGCACCUUUUAAAAGGUCAACAUGAGAUUGAAAAGUCAACCUUCACUGCUCUUUUUUUUGGCUGCAUAAUCUACUCCCUAUUCCUCUCAAACUAGGGUAUGUGGAGAUGCGCAUUGAAGAAUCCCGGAAUGCCUUGAAAAUCACUGAAAUAAAAAAAUUGUGAAGUGGUUAUAAAUGUUGGAUUUCUUCUCAUGAUUAAUGGAGGUGAGGUCAACUAGUUUGGUUGAAUUUGAAUGUGUGUGGGGGGGUUUGUAUCUCGGGUUAAACUUGUAUUUUAUGUUUUUAAUUAAUUCUCUGGUCAAAUUUGAAUCUGAUCAUAUGUUUUGCAUAUUAGGGUUGAGCUUGGAAUUUAUCAUUUAGUUUCUUAUUAACACUACAUUUCCCUCUCUACUUCUCUAGUUUCUUUGAGCAUUUGUCAGACAUUGAAUGUUGAUUUACAGUGUUUCAUUCAUAUAUUGCGCAGGUCAUAGAGAGUCAUGCUCACCAAGAAGUCAGAUGUCUGAGUCGCUCCGGAUGGCGGAGAACAUGGCAGGUGGAAGAUAGCGGAUUGCUCUUCCUUCGCCCUAGUGUAUCUAAACCCUUCUCCCCCAGAUGCUGGUGGAGGAGCAAUGGAUUGGUGGAUUGCUGGAAUCGGUUUCCGGCAAACCCAUGUAGGAAAUAAUAAGAACUUUUGUAAAAUUCCAACAUGUUAGAAUCAAAAUAUGAUUCUUUAUAGUGUUGCCUCCCCAGCAUUUUGGGGGGGUGUAUAGAUAGAUUUUCUGGUGUCUACUUGGUGUUGAGUCCUGCAUUGUAUUCAAAUUUCGUCAGUGUCUCAUGCAUACCAAUGCAUACCAGACCAGUCCAUGUUUUAUUUUUUCCCCUCCCCCCUUUUUUAUAUUUUGGAAAACUAAACUCUGUAAUAUGGAUUAUUCGAUCGCCUGGCUUCAACACAUGGGAGAAGUUUCAGGUCUAUUUUACUAGGAACGUAGACUUUUUUCUGUGUCA